GCGGGCGCGCUGAGCGUCCGGGUCUCAUUAUGUGGCGCAUGCCCCGUAAGCUGUGUGCGCACCUCUUGAGGGGAAGCAAGCUCUCGGACGCUUGGAACAGGCCUGCCGCCUUCAUGUCCACGUUGCUCAUCAAUCAGGCCCAGUACGCUUGGCUGAAGGAGCUGGGGCUCCGCGAGGAAAACGAGGGCGUGUAUAAUGGAAGUUGGGGAGGCCGGGGAGAGGUUAUCACGACUUAUUGUCCUGCUAACAAUGAACCAAUAGCAAGAGUCCGACAGGCCAGCGUGGCUGACUAUGAAGAAACUGUGAAGAAAGCAAGGGAAGCCUGGAGAAUCUGGGCAGAGGUUCCUGCUCCGAAGAGAGGAGAAGUAGUGAGACAGAUUGGGGAUGCCUUGCGGGAGAAGAUCCAAGUACUAGGAAGUUUGGUGUCUUUGGAGAUGGGGAAAAUCUUAGUGGAAGGUGUAGGAGAAGUUCAAGAGUACGUGGAUAUUUGUGAUUAUGCUGUUGGCUUAUCACGGAUGAUUGGGGGACCCAUCUUGCCUUCUGAAAGACCUGGCCAUGCCCUCAUUGAACAGUGGAAUCCUGUAGGCCUGGUUGGCAUCAUCACUGCGUUCAACUUCCCUGUGGCAGUGUAUGGCUGGAACAAUGCCAUUGCCAUGAUCUGUGGGAAUGUCUGCCUUUGGAAAGGAGCUCCAACAACUUCCCUCAUUAGUGUAGCUGUCACAAAGAUAAUAGCCAAGGUUCUAGAAGACAACAAACUGCCUGGUGCUAUUUGUUCCUUGACCUGUGGUGGAGCAGAUAUAGGCACUGCAAUGGCCAAAGAUGAACGGGUGAACCUGCUGUCCUUCACCGGGAGCACACAGGUGGGAAAACAGGUGGCCCUUAUGGUACAGGAGAGAUUUGGGAGAAGUUUGUUAGAACUUGGAGGAAACAAUGCCAUCAUUGCUUUUGAGGAUGCAGACCUCAGCUUGGUCGUUCCGUCGGCUCUCUUCGCAGCUGUGGGGACAGCGGGCCAGAGAUGUACCACUGCGCGGCGCCUGUUUUUACAUGAGAGCAUCCAUGAUGAAGUUGUAAAUAGACUUAAAAAGGCCUAUGCACAGAUCCGUGUGGGGAACCCUUGGGACUCUAAUGUCCUCUACGGGCCACUCCACACCAAACAGUCAGUGAGCAUGUUUCUUGGAGCAGUGGAGGAAGCAAAGAAAGAAGGUGGCACUGUGGUCUAUGGUGGCAAGGUUAUGGAUCGCCCUGGAAAUUAUGUAGAACCAACCAUUGUGACAGGUCUGGCCCACGAUGCGUCCAUUGCCCACACAGAAACGUUUGCUCCAAUCCUUUAUGUCUUUAAAUUCAAGAGUGAAGAAGAAGUCUUUGCAUGGAAUAAUGAAGUAAAACAGGGACUUUCAAGUAGCAUCUUUACCAAGGAUUUGGGCAGAAUCUUCCGCUGGCUUGGACCGAAAGGAUCAGACUGUGGCAUUGUAAACGUCAAUAUCCCAACGAGUGGGGCCGAAAUUGGAGGUGCAUUUGGAGGAGAAAAGCACACUGGGGGCGGCCGCGAGUCUGGUAGUGAUGCCUGGAAACAGUACAUGAGAAGAUCCACUUGCACCAUCAACUACAGUAAGGACCUUCCUCUAGCUCAAGGAAUCAAGUUUCAGUAAAGGUGACAGUAAAUUGGCGUUACAUCACAGCUCACAGGCAUUCUCACAACUCUUUCUUCUGAAGACAAAGAAAAAUUAAGAUUUGCCCUGAAUAAAUAAAUGCAUUAUUUUGAAUAUGCUUGGCUAAUCUCUUAGCCCUGAGGCCCCAACUAAGUCAAGAGACUUAUCUUUAAACAAAUAAAAAUACAGAUGUCACAACAUGAGCCAUAUUUAGUAACAGAUAGAUUGGGUGAAUUUUUAUGUUGCUAGUAGUUCGUGCUUUAAAAAAAAAUUUAUAUUAUAAUUUAGAAGAAACUAGUAGAUGCUAUAGUAGGAAUUUGGAAAAACACAGAAUGGAGAAGAAAAAGGAAGUCUUCUUGGUAGGCCGAGUGUGAGUAAAGGUUUCUGUAGUGAGUAUUGAUUCACCUUACUCUCGAGCAUGUGCGGGGAAGAGUGGUGUUUGAAGGGAGUAUGUUGAUGUUCGUGCACGUCGAGGAGCACAGCGCAAUAUCCAUGGGGAAUGCCUUGCUUUGUGUGAAACGACUAAGGGUUAUUCAUCGCCAUUACCGCUUGCCUUGCUCAGGUCCACUUGUGUCCCCACAAAAGAGCUGUGCAUGGUGGACUUAGGUUUUGCUCCUGCCGUAGAACCUGUACCCACCAAGGGCUGUGCCUGUGUCUACUGAAAGUGUGCUGGGUUUCUUACACAACAUUAGACCAUUGACUUUAGCUAUUAUGUUUAUGCAUUUGCCUUUGGAUUUGUUCUGGGAGAAUGACUACAGUGUGUGUGGCAGCAUGUGGUAGUAGUGACCUGAGGAACGUUCACUCGUUCGUGGCUGAGAAUCUGCCUCCUCCUCUCAGGAAGCUGAGUCUUUGGAGUGGGUCAUCCCAAGGUUUCCUGUUGAGUCCGUGUUGGCUCUUGAAGGUCUCCUGUCGUCUUGGCAGUCUGUACUCUCUUGCCAGUUUGGAGCUGGGCGGAAGCCUUCCAAGAAGAUAACAUUUGUAGAUAAUUUGAUGCAUCAGGAUGUAUGGACAGAUUAGGACAACUGGCAAAGAAUGGGUUAUGACCCAGAGAAGUAAUAAGCAAAUGAGAAAACCAGGCAGUUAUAAAUUUAUCAGGGUGGGAAAGGUAUUCGUAAUAUGUCCGAUGGUGUAGCUGUGACUGGUGUUCACCAAUGCAUGCUGUUGUCAACCUUGAGUAUUAAUUAAGCAAAAUGCUGAUGAUGUGUACCUCUUGAGAGCUUGUUGGCCGGAAGAAGUCAGGGGUACAUCAAAGAGGUGGACAGUUCAUGUUCUUCAGUGGAAAAUCAAUAGUGCCUAAAAUUACAAAAGAAAUAGUAACAGGCUCAUGCAGGUAGGGAGAUAAACUUUUAGGAAUCAUAUACUGACAGGCCAUUAUUAUUUUGUAAAAUUCUGCAAGGUGAUUUUUUGAUGGAAAUAUUUUCUUAUAUCUUGGGUUUUUCCAGCAUAUUAUUUUUAAACAAAUGUUCUAAAUUACAAGCUGUAUCAAUAUUUUCACUUAACGUUUUUUACGUUUAUAACUUCUGUUAGGUAUUUAAGGAGGCUCUCCACCCUCCUGUGUAUCUGUUAAAGCCAUGACAUGGUGGCCGAUUUCCUAGCAUGCUGGGGUGACUGGCAGCCCUUGUCUUGGGUGUAGAAGCCAAGUAAAACGAAUUCUGAAAGCUUUUUUUGAAACCAAUUCAUAAUUUUUCUACAUAAUGUUUCUAGCAGUUACAAGGAAAUGUUUUUGUCACAAUGCUUAUUAAAACAAAUUUUGCACUUAAA